AUGCCAAAUAGUACAGUGAUAAUUUAUUUAGGAGCUAACAGAAUCGAAAUUGGGAGAAGUACUGGAUCAUGCCCGCAAGAGAUUAUUAAUUGGGAAAAAGAUUAUAUUAAUGGAGAAUAUAGGAUAGGGUUAAAGAAAAUAUUGGAACGUUACUUUCAGUCGUUCAACACCUUGAGAAAUCACGAAAUACAAGUUUUAAUAUUGGAAGAUAUAUUUAUUUCUGUAGCUGAAAAGAAAAUUAUUUGUAGCAUCUUGUUUGAUGAAUUGUACUGUGCUUAUGUUGCAUUUAUUCCCAGAGUUAUCGUACAUUGUCUAUCCUGCAAUACAAGGAAUGCGAUUGUUGUGGACGUAGUUGCCAGUCAUACCACAUGUGUACCCAUCUUUGAUCUUAGGCCUUUGCAACAGUACAUAAAGUAUACAAAGCGAGAUCAAGAGGACGUACAUUUAAAUAAGUCUCCCACGAGCUGUCCCUAUACGUCGAUAUUCUUUGACAAAGAGUACAACUUUGAAGUUUAUGAAGACGAUGAGAUUCCAGUAAUAAAUCUUGUCAAAGGUAUUAUAGAUUCACUUCCCAUUGACUUGAGGAAACCUCUUAGGGAAAAUAUCAUCAUAGUGAAUAUCGAAGAGAAAUUCGAAACAACAAUAAAAGAAUUAUUCAGGGAAAACAUGAGUUCAUCUAUAAUCCAGUUCUCUAAAGACUACUGGCAGGCUGGCUCUGCAUGCGCAAAGACAUUUAUGCAUUCUAGAGGGGGGAGUGUUGCAGGAUUGAAAAGAGAUGAGUUUUGUAAUAAUCCCAACAUUGUUCCUGAUUGGUUUGACUUUUACUUCAAAAGUGGAGUGAAGCCCAUAAAACAGCCUUCACCUUAA